AUGUCGGAGGAGCUCUGCCCGGUGCUUGAUCGGGUCAAGAAUCUCUCCAAGAGCGUCCUGACGUCCCUGAUGGUGCUGGGUGAUUUCCUGAUGCGGCGAAUCGCUCCCCUGCAGCAGCGGACCAGGAUGGCCUACAUGUACACGGGGUCAAAUGACUGCUACAGGAUCGCGCGCGGGCCUGGCACCGUCUUCACCAGGGCGGAGCUGGAGGUCGCGAUCCGGGGAAUGACCGGCGACGCGUUCAGCCCGGAGUCCCUGGUCCCCCCGAGCGAGGUCAAGGCCCUGUGCGAGGACCAGGCGUUGCGGUCGUCAGUCCUGGCGUCAAUGCUAACCCUCGACGAGGGUGGCCUGGCGGUCCGGCAGCUGGGAGGCGACCCUAAUCGCGGAAUUCACAUCCUCGGCGCCUCCCCUAACCGCCAGCAGCGCACCAGCCAAGGUCCCGGGAGGUCAAGUCCCGGAGGUCCGACCCCCGCCGGGAAGGGGAAAGAUAAGGUGCCGGUGCCGGAGCACCGCCACAAGGACAAGCCCGCAUCCAACGCGUCUGCCGGCGACGCUCCAGCUGGAGGGUCCAGCCCCCAGCCAGUACCUUCAUCUUCCCCUGCUGGGGAGCCGGCGACAACUCCAGGAGGGUCUCCGCCCGCGCCAGCACCAGUAGCUACCGGACCCAGAGGUCCGGAGCCAGAGGCCACCACACCUCCAAGGCCCGAAGCCGCCCCCCAGGGCGUGGCCACCGGAGCUGCUGCGACGACCGAGGCGCCAGCAGCUGCAGCGGCGCCGGACGCCGUGGCGGAGUCCCCUCGAGCUGAGCCAGUAGCAGAGGAGGCUGCAACAACGACAGAGGCGGCAGCGCCGGAGGCUGCAGAGGUGCCGGAGGCAGCGGCGCCGGAGGCCGCAGAGGUCGCCAGUACCACCACCCCACCCGCGCAGGAGCAGGAGCCGGAGGUGGUGCUGGGGAGGCGCCUUCUCCCGAGCCCAGCGGAGAUCCCCCUCCCCCGCCUCUUUGCCAAGAGCCAGCAAGUACAGGAGGAGCUGGAGGCAGGCAUCCGCCGGGAGUGGGAGAGGCUGGACGCGGAGCGCCUCCAGCUCUCCGACUGGGAGCACCGCCUGGGGGACCGCAUCAAGACCGUCUCUGCCCGCUACGCCGGGGAGCGCGCCGAGCUCGUGCUGGAGCGCGAACUCCUGCAGGAGCACCUGCAGAAGGCUCUCGACCGAGAGGCGGUAGCUGCCCAACGGGAGAGAGCGGCCGCACGGCGGGAGAAGCAUGCCACCGAGCGGGAGCUCUUGGCAGAGAUGUGGGUGAACGCGGCGGCGGAUAGGGAGAAGAUCGCCCUGGAGCUGGCAAACCAAGCCAAGGUGGUGGUGGAGGUGACCAAGGAGCAGGAAACUGCCCUUGCGGAAUAG